AAACAGAAUCCGCAACAGCAAAGCGAAGCGCGAGGGAAAAAUGAGCUCAAAUUCAUCCAAUUUUCUCGUGUUACUAAAAACGUUUACUGAAUCGCUGGAGCGUGCAUUUGCGGCGAAUGACAUAGAGGUGCUGAAAGCCGAUUACGAUGCAGCGCGGGCAAGCGACAACGACAAAAAGACGGCGCUGCAUCAAGCGUUCCGCGACAUGCUGCUCACGAAGACGGAGGACAUUCCAGCGAUCGAGCGGUUCAUCAGUUUUGCGGUGAACUCCUGCCGCAAGGAUAUGACCGUCGCCACGAUGCCGGUCGUGCUGCUCGGGGACAUCUUCGACGCGGUCACGCUAGAUCGGGCCGAGCAGAUCUUCACGUACGUGGAGAACAAUGUGGCCAUCUGGAAGGAGGAGUGCUUCUUCACCGCCUGCAAACACAAUCUGCUUCGCAUGUGCAACGAUCUGCUGCGCCGGCUUUCCCGCUCCCAGAACACGGUCUUCUGCGGUCGGAUACUGCUGUUUUUGGCCAAGUUUUUCCCAUUCUCGGAGCGCAGUGGGCUGAACAUCAUCUCGGAGUUCAACCUGGAAAACAUCACCGAGUACGGCAUGGACGGAAACGAGAUGGCUGUGGACCAGCUGUCCGGAGGCGCGGAUCCGGAGGUGGAUGGAGAGCCAGCGGAGGAAAACAAGCUGAAGAUUGACUACAAUUUGUACUGCAAGUUUUGGGCGCUGCAAGACUUUUUCCGCAACCCGAACCAGUGCUACAAUAAGGUUCAGUGGAAAACGUUUGAAACGCAUGCCAAAAGUGUGCUGUCGGCGUUUAGCAGCUUCAAGCUGGAGGAGCACCGUGCUUCGUCUACCAGCAGCGGCCCUGCCACGAAGCCGUCAGAUAUAGGAGGCUCUACCACUGCCGCCGCCGCCGCAAACAACUGCCCGAUGGAGGAGGAUCAAAUCCGGGAGUCGGGACACUUUUUCGCCAAAUUUCUCACCAACCCGAAACUGCUUUCGCUGCAGCUUUCCGAUUCCAACUUCCGGCGCUCGGUGCUGGUGCAGUUCCUGAUACUGUUCCAGUACCUCAACUCGACGGUAAAGUUCAAGGCGGAGACGCACGUCCUGACACAGGCGCAGAGCGAAUGGUUGAAGGAAACGGAAACGCAAGUCUACCAGCUGAUCGAGGAAUCGCCCCCGAAUGGAAAGAAGUUCGCUAACACGGCGCGCCACAUGCUGUUGCGCGAGGAGCUGUGGAAUAGCUGGAAGAACGAGGGCUGCAAGGAGUUCAAGCGCCCAGAGGCCGCACUCGAGGACACAAGCUCGUCGACUGCUGCGGUGGCCGGUGGUGCCGCGGCAGGCGGUGCUGCUACCUCGGCAGGAAGUGGUCGUCCACCGGCAAAGCGACCGCGCAAACCGCUGGGUGAUCUGAUCCGCGAUGCGACCAAGCAGGGCAAGUUCUACAUGGGCAAUUCGGAGAUUACGCGCCUGUGGAACCUUUGUCCCGACAACUUGCAGGCCUGCAAGGGCACGGAUCGUAACUUCCUGCCGUCGCUCGAGACGUACCUGGAGAAUCCGAAGGAAAAGCAGGACCCGUCGUUCGAGUGGCGCGCGCUGCGCUUGCUGGCCCGGCAGUCACCCCACUUCUUUACGCUCUUUAACUCUCCCUCGUACAAGGUGGCCGACUAUCUGGAGAGCGUGCGCAAGAAGAUCCAGAAGGACAAGCUGGACAUCAAGCUGGAGCAUGCGAUCCAGGAGGAAACGGCACCGACCAACGCCGAACAGCCAGAGGCGGAGGGUGAGGGUCUCGUCGGUGAGGAGGAGCACGAGCAGAUGGAUACGGAGCUGCUGAAGACGGAGCAGCUAACGCCGGAGGACAAAAACACGCACAAAACGCUCGCCGUGACGAAGGCGCAGCUGUCCGAGUUGGCGCCGAGCAUCGGGCGGGACUGGAAGAAGCUGGCGACGAAGCUGGGCUACAGCGCGGAUGAGAUACAGUACUUUGAGUCGGAGCACGCGACCGUUGCGGACCAGUGCUGCCACCUGCUGACGCUAUGGUUCGACGACGAUAUGGAUGCAAGUUUAGACAAUUUGGCCUACAUACUGGAAGGCUUGGACAUGAUACCAGCGGCCGAUGCAGUGAAACAGAUGAUUGCCCUGCUCUCGGACAAGGUGGAAGAGGUGUCGGAAUAAGUUCAGGGACACAUGAUCACGAUGUUUCGAACGGUUUUGAAAAUAAAGUAUAAGGUACGACUAA